GUCUGGCGUCUAAACAACCAGCUGAUCAUAGAAAUAGAAGAGCUAGCUAGCUGCUCCAGUUAGCUUCCAACGACCAAACUCACGUAACAGCUCAUUCCGGGGCUGUUCUGCUGAGUGGAGCGUAUGUUCAGUUCACGUUGAGUUAAACUUAUAUGUCUGGAUGAACAAGGUGGCACAACUUGCGUGAAGAAUCCAUCUUUGAUCGCCAUUUUGAGUUGGCCAGCAGGCCCAGGCGCAUCUAUCUGCUGUAUGUCUACAGACGGCUCAGCUACAGGUUUCAUCACCUGCAGGAGCAGAAGCUAUCGAUCACUUAUCAAUCAUUACAGCCGGUGAUCCAGUUCAGCGUCUUCAUGACGUCUCUGGCUCGAGAAGCUGUGGAGAAGAUCUGCCAGCUGUUCCACGAAUGUUCCUCUGUGCUGCAGUUAGAAGUGACCCAGGGUGCUGCAGAGACUGAGGACAUGAGGAGGAAACUGGAGGCGGCAGAGACGGAGCUGAAGCUGGUGCUGGAGGGCCACAGAGGACCGAAGGAGGCGGAGGAGCAGACGGAGGGAGGGAGGCCUCCGAGCAGUGGAGCAGGAGGAGAGACCGUCCAGAGCCAGCGCUCAGGGAGGAAGAGUCGCAGAGUCGGGGCUAGUGGUGAUGCUGCAGUGAAGAGAUCACCUAUAAUUCAUCUUUGGAAAGGCAGAACUUAUGAGGACAGCAUCCAGCCUGUGAUAAUAAAGGAGGAAGGACUGGAGGCGUUCGCUGACCAGGCGUCCUCUGAUUCUGGACAGUUCAGAGAUGACCCGAGCCAGGACGAUGGUGACGACCCGGACUACCAGCUGGAGCCAGAGGACGCAGAUGACGGUGAGCCAGGUUACACCACCAGACCUAAACGUGCUGUGAAGCCAAAGAUCCUUCGAGGCCGAACAAAGAAGGAGAGUCAGAGUGAGAACCAGCAACCUCUGAGCUGCAAACACUGCAGGAAAACUUUCACCAAGCUGCUGCAGCUCAAAGCCCAUCAGGCUGUCCACGGGGCCAACGCAGAGAAGCCUUUUCACUGCUCGCAGUGUGGCAGAGGCUUUUCAUUCCAGCGAAGCCUCAAUGCACACAUGCUGCUUCACACAGGUGAGCGACCACACACCUGUGAUGUCUGUGGGAAAGGUUUCACCCUGAAGCAGCUCCUGAGGAACCACCAGCGUCUCCACGCUGAGGUCCGGCCAUUUCGCUGUGAGCAGUGUGGAAAGAGUUUCUACCGAGCUCACGGCCUGAAAAUGCAUCAGAUGGUCCACACAGGAGAGCGGGCCUAUAACUGCCAGUACUGCAACAAAAGCUUCACAAUACAAGGUAACCUGCAGCGCCACCUGCGCAUACACACAGGGGAAAAGCCGUUCAGGUGCGAGACGUGUGGUAAAAGCUUCAACCAGGCCGACACGCUGAAAGGCCACCAGAGGAUACACACAGGUGAGCGUCCCUUCAGCUGCGAGACCUGCGGUAAGUGUUUCAUCCAGAAGAGCGCCUUGAAGAUGCACCAGAAGACCUCUCACUCAGGCGAGAACUCGCUGGCAUGCAUAGCAUGCGGCACUACGUUGGCCUGUGUGGACUCCCUUCGGAAACACCUCCAGACGCAUGCGGCGACUAUUCCGUGUACCUGCGUGCUGUGCGGGCGGAAGCUCAGCUCAAUCACUGACCUGCGGUCGCAUCAGCAGCACCACACGGUGGACAGGCCUCACAGCUGUGGGCUCUGUGGGAAGAGCUUCAAGUCGUCCAGUUACCUGAAGAUUCACCUGAAGACGCACAGCGGGGAGAGGCCCUUCUCCUGUGACAUCUGUGGUCGUAUGUUCACACAGCACAGCAGCCUUAAAUCACACCAGGUGGUCCACACAGGAGAGAAGCCGUUCAGCUGCGACACAUGCGGAAAAUGUUUCAGCAACACGGGCAAUCUGAACCGACACCAGCGUAUCCACACGGGAGAGAAGCCGUUCAGCUGCGACACCUGCGGCCGCAGCUUUAACCAGGGCAACAGUCUGAAAGCCCACCAGCAGAUACACACCGGAGAGAAACAGUUCAUGUGUGACAAGUGUGGGAAGAGCUUCUCCUACCUGAGGAACCUGAAGGACCACAAGUGCUUCUACAUCUGAAGCUGGUCUGUGAGGAGACACCUGCCCUGGUGGCAGAGUGGAUGGAGUCAGCGUCCUGCACCUGAGUGACUGGAUGAUUCUAGAAGAGUUUGCAGUGAAAGUAGUUUUGGUGAUCAUAAGUGAGCAGCUUGUUGUGUUUUAAAUUGAAGGCAUUCACCUGACAGACUGGCACUGAGUGAAAUAGGUAUGAAAGCUUGAAUCUGGUACGACAGUCAGAACUAAGAAGAGCAGAUUGAGGUAUUUGUUUUGUUUUAAAGGUAUAAAUUUCGCCCCAAACUGAAAAAAUGGACAUAGGAAAUCAAAGUGUGACAUUUAUUUGUGGGAUGAACUGACAGUACACAUUUCCAAAACAUCAUAGUAUCACUAGUGGCUUCUUUUUUUUAAUAUAGAUAUAUUUGUAAGCGGAGUUUGCUGGCAGAUGUCUGGCUGAAAGUUUAAGAAAAUUACUGUGAGGAAGUCCCAAAAGGUGAUUUUUUUCUUUUAAUCUCCUGUGCAACAAAUAGAUCUUGUGGGUUAAAGAGAAGGAAAAAAAAGAUUUUUUUUUUUUUUUUUUAAAUUUAACACCAUAAUGGUAAGAACAAAUUCCUAAUUAAAGGUCGGCUUCUAAACUGACUGAACUCAAACUCAGUUAAGGGACAGUGGCCAACAUGGUAUUAGAUUUAAAAGUUUACAAUCUAUUUUCAUUACAGUCAGACUCCCAGUCUUACACAAACGAUCUGAAAUAUGUAAAAUUACAUUUCUUAUCUAAGACUGUAAAAUCAAAGACUGUAAAGCUAUGACUGAUUUUGCUGUGUGCAGGAUUGAAAACAACCCUGUUUAAGUUGUGAGAUUGAUAUUUAUAAUGGUUUAACCAACUUGAAAAGAGCUUUUCUGCCUUUUUUCCCCAAACAUAGUUUAAAAACUUGUGAUCUCCAGUAGAUACACGACAUGCAACCGUUGCCUUGUGUGUUUAAAUAAAGCCAAUGUGUUCUUAUAAUACUGAAACAGUCAUUUUGUCAGAAUGUUUCAUCUGUAACUUUUCCUGUGAAGUGUAUGAUUGUUAUAUCUCAACUUUGUGACUGAGUCAAAAUAUAAACACUGAAAUUUAAA